AUGGCACAGUCUAAUAAGAGAUAUGUCUGCAAUCUCAUUGGACUCUCACUUGUGAUUCUCCAGUUGUCCUACUGCUCUGCAAUCUCUCAAGACGGAAGAAUCCUUUUGCAAAUAAAGGAGAGAGAUUGGAUUGACAGUCAUGGUGCACUCUCCAACUGGAAUGACUCCCAAAGCGAUCCAUGCGCCUGGAAUGGAGUCUCCUGUGAUUCUGCCUUUUCUGUCACUCAAAUCAAUCUCACCAAUACUCUCAUAUCUGGAAAUCUGACCUCUGCCAUUUGCUCUCUUCCUAAUUUGACCUCCUUCAUAAUCCAAGGGAACAGUUUUAAUGGCCCCUUUCCCAGCGCUCUGCUCCAGUGUAAGCUCUUGCAGAGGCUGGACUUAUCCUACAAUUCGUUCCAUGGAAGCCUGCCCGAUACAAUUCAUGAGUUGAGCGAGUUGAGAGUGUUGAACCUCGUAGGCAACGCCUUCUCUGGUGCCAUUCCCCCUGCUUUCGGACUGCUCCCAAAGAUCGAAGCCCUGUUCUUCCAUGAGAACAGCCUGAGCUCCAAAAUCCCUGCUUUUCUGGGCAAUUUGACGACUUUGACCAACUUCAGCAUUGGUGACAAUCCCCUGCAGCCUGGUGAAGUGCCGAGCGAGCUCGGAAAUCUGAGGCGGCUGCAGCAAUUGUGGGUCUAUAAUUGCACCCUCGUCGGGAAAAUCCCUGAUUUUUUCGGCAAUUUGACAGAGAUUGUUUACUUGGACAUGUCAAAGAAUCGCCUCUCUGGUGAAAUUCCGACCAGUAUAACGGGUCUGUCGAAGAUGACAGUGUUGCUACUGUGGCAGAACAGUCUGUCAGGAAAAAUUCCGGCAAAAAUUGGUGAGCUAAGCAGCUUAUCCAUAUUGGAUCUUUCCGACAAUCAGCUGAGCGGUGAGAUUCCAGAGGGGAUUGCCAACCUCGCAAAUCUGGAUACUCUGCAUCUGAUGCAGAAUCAGCUUACAGGCCCCAUUCCUGCUGGCCUCGACCAGCUUGGAUUCCUGACAAGGUUAAAGCUCUUCAACAACAGUCUCACCGGCUUACUGCCCCAAAAUUUGGGCACCAAUUCCGACAUUUUUAUUAUUGACAUAGUAGGCAAUUCCUUUGAGGGCCCUCUGCCAAAGAAUCUGUGUAGCCGUGGAACUCUUUAUGGGCUGGCCAUAUUAUCAAACAGAUUCAAUGGAAGCUUGCCUUCGUCUCUGAAUGACUGCAAGAGUCUCCAGUACGCACUGCUUAAUGACAAUCGCCUGAGUGGGGAGGUUCCAGAGGGUCUCUGGGGAUCUCCAAGUAUUAUUGAACUGAAACUUCAGAACAAUGAAUUCGAAGGCCCAAUUCCUGCUGCAAUUGGCCAAGCAAAGAAUCUGACCAGUCUAAAUAUCGGUGGAAACCGAUUUGGCGGACAUAUUCCAGAAACACUUGGGUCACUUCCUGUGCUGACUUCCAUUGAUCUAUCGAACAAUGAUCUUGAGGGCAGAAUCCCCGUGGAAUUAGGAAGUCUGAAGUUGAGUGAGUUCAAUGUAUCGAAUAAUGACUUGUCUGGUCCGGUUCCUGAUGCUCUCAAUAAGCUGGCCUUCAAUAUGAGUUUUGGCGGCAAUCCCAAAUUAUGUGGCGGAGGGGCUUUGAAGUUCCCUCCUUUUGUUGCAGGUGCGAGUGGAGGCAAGAGCAUUCAAUGCUCGAUGGAGGCAAAAUUAAGUGGGCUGGACGCAACCCAUCUACCCUCAUCAAAAACCAUGGAGGAACAAAUUAUUGGCAAGUCCUUUCGAGAUACCAUUGUCAGUGAUGUUGUGCAGGUUGCGCGUGAGGCCAAGUUCAAUCUGGUAAGUGUUUCGUCUUCAAGCUGCCAUGGCAGAGACGAAGGAUGA